AUGUCCUCUCCCGUCCCCUCCCGUCUCUUCCGCCUCCUGACCUCUCGGGGCCGACCCUCGCGCCGCGGCGUCGCGCCCCGCCUCGACGCUAGCCAGCAGCCUCUACAGUCUCGCGCUACUCUCGCCACAGCAGCCCGCCUUCGCCUCCGACGCUCCUUCCUACACCGACCGUUCCCGCCAUCGCUGGCCCAAAUCCAGCGCGCAGCCACGCGCCGCUUCUUGGCCGUCACGACCCAGCGCGGCCUCUCUCUCUUUCCGCUGCGCGCGCACUCGAGCCGCUCAUGCGUCCGACGCCUCGCUAACACUCUCUUCUCCUCUCGCCUAUCAUCUGUCGCUCUCACUGACUCGCCGCGAGCGCGAUCCUCUUCCUCCGCACUUCCUCAUCGGCGUUGCACCGCUGCUCGGCCGCCUCUCGGCGCGAGUCGCGCAGCGCCGCCGCGCGGCCGCUCGCGCGCUGCCCGCGUCCGCGCCAAGCUCGCUCCUCCGGCUAAACGGCGUGACUCAUGCGCGCGACGCCCCUCCUUCUCUUCACGAGUCGCCGCGCGGCUACGCGCCCCGCGACUCGCUCUGACGGCCGCGUCUCCGCUCUACUCCUCUAUCUCCUGCCGCGCCGUGUCGCGGGCCGCGCCUCGCUUACGUUCGCCAUCGGUCUCACGCUCUCCUUGGCCUCCGCUCGCUCGCAGCAAGCGCGCGCACCGCGCCUCUUCUCCUUCUUGUCCAACCUAUGUUCGGACAUUUACUCCCGCCUCGUUCCUGCUACGCGCGCCGCGCUCCGUUCGGACCCGCCCUCGUCCCAAUCUCUAA